AUGACUGACUUUAAACACAUAAGAAGACUAAAGACCUGUUUAGCCCAAUACCGUGUUUCCUUCAGUGGCUCACCAGAUGCUGGUUGGGAAGUCACAUCCCUCUUCCCACAGUUGUUUCCCAGUGACAGCUAUUCAGAUGAUGAAUACCACCCUAUACCCACAGGACGUAAUGUGGGAAGCGUUGGAUUGCAACGCAAUACCCCAUUGACCUCUCGUUUUCUCAACAGGCAUGCUUACUACUUCGUUGGUAUUGGCUUUGGGGUAUUGCUCUGCAGCCUGAUUCAGGUGUGGACCUUUGUGACCAGUUCUGCAAGACAGACAGCAAGGAUACGCGAGAAGUUCUUUUUUGCUGUACUUCACCAAGAGAUGGCCUGGUUUGAUACCAACCAAAUUGGAACACUGAACACGAGAUUAACAGAUGAUAUUAACACCAUUCACGAAGGAAUUGGAGACAAGCUCAGCAUAAUAAUGCAGAAUUUAAGCACGUUUUUGACGGGCAUUAUCAUAGGAUUUGUGCACGGAUGGAAGCUGACCCUGGUUAUCUUGUCUGUUAGCCCGCUUCUCGUUAUAUCUGGGGGUUUGUGGUCAUAUCUCCUGUCAGUGUUGACUGCUAAAGAACUGUCGGCCUACGCUAAGGCAGGUGCUGUGGCAGAAGAAAUCUUGUCGGCCAUCAGGACCGUUGUUGCUUUUAAUGGGCAGGCAAAAGCUAUAGCCAGGUAUGAUACAAACCUAGAGGAUGCUAGGGUUGUUGGAAUGAAAAAGAGCAUCACCACCAAUGUCUCUAUGGGUGUCUCCCAGUUUUUUAUAUAUGGAUGCUAUGCACUUGCCUUUUGGUAUGGAACCAAGCUCACAGUGGAUGAGAAAGAAAACUACGACAUCGGGAAAGUAUUAAUUGUGUUCUUUUCUGUGAUUAUUGGUGCAUUUUCCAUUGGACAAGCCUCCCCAAAUUUGGAGAGUGUGGCCAAUGCUCGAGGAGCAGCCUAUGAAGUCUUUAGAAUUAUCAGGAAGCCGCGCCCCAUCGAUAGCAGUUCCAGUGAGGGGUUCAAGCCAGACAAACUGCGAGGGGAGAUUGAAUUCAAAAACAUCAGUUUCAGCUAUCCCUCAAGGCCUGAUACUCAAAUUCUCAAAGGUCUAAGCUUAAAAAUCCAGCCUGGGAAAACUAUUGCUCUUGUCGGUUCCAGUGGCUGUGGGAAAAGCACUACAAUUCAGCUAUUGCAGAGAUUCUACGAUCCUGCUGAAGGAGAGAUAACCAUAGAUGGACACGAUAUCCGGACGCUCAAUCUCAAGUGGAUGAGAGAAAACAUUGGCAUUGUAAGCCAGGAACCAGUAUUGUUUGCUACUACAAUAGCAGGCAACAUCCGCUACGGCAGAGAGGAUGUUACUGAUGCUGACAUUGAGCAGGCAGCAAAAGAAGCUAAUGCUUAUGACUUCAUAUCCAAACUUCCUGAUAAAUUUGACACCAUGGUUGGCGAAAGGGGAGCUCAGCUGAGUGGAGGGCAGAAACAGCGUAUAGCAAUUGCCCGUGCCCUAGCCAGGAACCCCAAGAUCCUGUUGCUGGAUGAAGCUACCUCUGCUCUGGAUAAUCAAAGCGAAUCCAUAGUGCAAGCAGCACUUGAUAAGGCCAGAACUGGGCGAACCACCAUUGUGAUUGCUCACAGACUCUCCACCAUCAGGACAGCUGACAUUAUUGCUGGCUUUGAGAAAGGUGUUGUGGUUGAACAAGGGACCCAUGACGAGCUCAUGGCACAUAAGGGAGUCUACUGUGCACUUGUAAUGCAGCAGUGCUAUGGUGGAGACGAUCAAAGCGAUGAAACAGUAGAAGAAACAGAUUUUGAGACUGAGGAAGAUGACGACGACUCUGAGGAUGAUUAUCUAAAUGAAGUGGAGGCCAGUGUCUUGGAAAAUCCUAUUGGUGGCACAGAAAUAGCUCUGGGAGGAAGCUUCCGCAAACGCAGCCUCAGUAGGGCUUCUACUAAAAGAUACUCUGACAGGAAGAAGAGGAAGAGGAGGAAGAAGAAGACAGCAAAGAAGAAGAAGAAAGUGGAAGAGAAGCUCCCUGAGGUGCCUUAUUCUAGAAUUCUAGCCCUGAAUAAGCCGGAAUUCUGCUCUAUAGUGUUUGGAGUCAUUGCUGCUGCCAUUGGAGGUGGCGUCACUCCUGCAUUCGCUGUUCUGUUUGGUAAAAUAAUUGGGGCUUUCCAAGAAACAGACCCUGACAAGAAAAGCCAAAAAACGGUGUUGUUUUCUCUUAUGUUUCUUUUGUUGGGAGUGAUCAGCUUAAUAACAUAUGUUGUCCAGGGAUUCAUGUUUGGGAGGUCUGGGGAAGCUCUGACUAUGCGGUUGCGAUCACUUUCAUUCAAAGCAUUGCUUCAACAGGAAAUUGGAUGGUUUGAUGACCAUAGCAACGGCAUUGGAGUUUUGCUAACCCGACUUGCAACAGAUGCUUCUCAAGUCAAAGGAGCUACUGGAAGUCGGCUGGCCUUAUUAACCUCAACGAUCUUUACACUCUUGACAGCUAUUAUUAUUGCUUUUGUGCAUGGCUGGCAAUUAACAUUGCUCAUCCUGGCCUGUAUUCCUUUCGUUAUGAUAGCCCAUGUUAUACGACUGAAAUCAGUGGCCGGCCAUGCGUCGAAGGAUCAAAAAGCCCUCGAGGAAGCUGGAAGAAUUUCAACAGAAGCUGUGGAAAAUAUAAGAACUGUGGUUUCAUUAACAAGAGAAGACAGGUUUUUUGAGAGAUAUAUUUCAAGUGUAGAAGGUCCAUACAGGGACUCUCUGAAGAAGGCUCCCAUUCAUGGAGUUACAUAUGGAAUAGCCCAGUGUUUCAACUUUUUUAUAAAUGCUGCUGUCUUCAGAUUUGGAGCAUGGCUUAUUGCCCAUUGUUUAAUGGACUUUGAGCAACUUUUUAUAGUCUUCUCUUCUGUGAUUUUUGCUGCUAUGAAUGUUGCUCAGUCCAGUUCUCUUGCACCAGAUUUUGGCAAAUCAAGGGUUUCUGCACAAAGAAUUUUUCAGCUUUUGGAUCGGAAGCCAACGAUUGAUAGCUAUAGUGAAGAAGGUGAAAAACUGGUGAAAUUUGAUGGCAACAUUGAAUUCAGAGACAUCCAUUUUGAAUAUCCAACUAGAGCAGAAGUUCAAGUUUUGCAAGGACUCAGUUUAAAGGUUAACAAGGGGCAAACUCUGGCAUUGGUGGGAAGCAGUGGUUGUGGCAAAAGCACCUCCAUCCAGCUUCUGGAGAGAUUCUAUGACCCAGGAUCAGGACAAGUGCUUGCAGAUGGCGUGGACACCAAAUCUCUACAUAUACAGUGGCUAAGAUCCAGACUUGGUCUUGUGCAACAGGAGCCUAUCCUCUUUGAUUGCAGCAUUGCAGAGAACAUCCAGUAUGGUGACAACAGCCGAGUUGUCAGUCAGGAAGAAGUUGAAGAAGCAGCUAAAGCAGCUAAUAUCCACAACUUCAUAGAAAAUCUCCCAGAGAAAUAUAAUACUCGAGUAGGUGACAAAGGAGCACAGCUUUCAGGAGGACAGAAACAAAGAAUAGCCAUUGCCCGUGCCCUUGUCCGAAAACCAGCAGUUCUUCUUCUGGAUGAAGCCACAUCAGCUCUUGACACAGAAAGUGAAAAGAUUGUCCAGAAGGCCUUGGAUGAAGCUAGAAAGGGUCGGACCUGCAUCGUCAUUGCUCAUCGCUUGUCCACGAUCCAGAAUUCUGACAUCAUAGCAGUCAUCCAGAAUGGCAAAGUAGUGGAACAGGGAACUCACAGCCAGCUGCUGGCCAUGGGUGGAUUCUAUCAUGCCCUUGUCAAUGCACAAGUACCUCACUAGCCCAGGCUGCAAAGUCUAUGGAUAC